AUUCAGCAUAGAAGAAGAAGACGAUAGUACUGGACGCCUGUUAUUAUUUAACAGUUUUUUUACUUUUUUCUUUGGGCUCUUGUGAUAUUCGGAGUUACUGAGUUUAAAGUCUGGUUGUGCUUUGCUUUAAGCGGGCGUCAGGUUUUGAGCGCUUAAGUGCUGUCAGACAUUACUUUUAAUAUUAACUUAAGUGCUGUUAGAAAUGGAUUGUAGAGUUCUCUGCAUUCAAAGUCAUGUUGUCAGGGGAUACGUUGGAAACAAAUCGGCGUCGUUUCCACUGCAGGUUCUCGGCUUUGAGAUUGACUCUAUAAACUCGGUUCAGUUCUCUAAUCACACAGGAUAUGAACACUGGAAAGGUCAAGUGUUGACUGCAGAGGAAUUGAAAGUGCUGUACGAGGGGCUCAGGCUCAACAAUGUGAACCAUUAUGACUGCGUGUUAACAGGGUACACUAGAGAUGAUUCCUUUCUGAAUAUGGUGGUGGACAUUGUACAGGAGCUGAAAGAGGCAAAUCCCAGUCUAGUCUAUGUGUGUGAUCCAGUAUUGGGAGACAAUGGGGCUAUGUAUGUCCCUGAGAACUUGGUGGCAAUCUACAGGGAUAAAGUGGUGCCAGCUGCUGACAUAAUUACACCCAAUCAGUUUGAAGCAGAAAACAUCGCCACUUUUAAGCUGCUUACUGGCAGAACCAUCAGUACAGAAAAAGAUGCAGUUGAAGUCAUGAACUUGCUGCAUUCAAAGGGUCCACACACAGUGGUCAUCACUAGCUCUGACCUGCCCUCUCCUCUGGGUGAUCAGUACUUGGUUGCUAUGGGGAGUCAGAUAACAGUAAGACCAGACGGUACUAGGGCGACCCAGCAAAUUCGUAUGGACAUACCCAAGGUAGAUGCUGUGUUUGUGGGAACAGGGGACCUGUUUGCUGCAAUGCUCCUGGCAUGGACUCACCACCACCCAAAUGAUCUAAAGACGGCAUGUGAAAAGACCGUUUCAGUCAUGCAGCAUGUCAUUCAGAGGACUAUUACUUAUGCUAAAGAGGUGGCGUGUCCAAAUCAAAAGCCCAGCCCUGCUCAGCUUGAGUUGCGGAUGGUACAGAGUAAAGCAGACAUUGAAGAUCCUGCCAUAAUUGUGAAAGCUGUUAUAUUGUAGUGCUCUGCACUGUAUUGGACAAAAUGAAUGUCAUAGAUAGAAUUAACAUUUAUGAGCUCAGUGGUUACAAUCGCACUGUAGAGGCUGAAUGGUCCCACUUUAAUUAUAUAAUUCACUAAAAAAGCAAUGAUGUGCUAUGAAAAGAAACUAUUAAUAAUACAGUAUUCUAGUAAUCAGUGCAGGUUUAGUAUCAAAACUAACAAUAUUCACUUUCCAGUUAUACUGUUCUUGACUGUUUGCAUUUUUCUUAUGUUACUAUGAUUUAAUGAUGCAUGCAAUGAUAUUCAAGUAUUUUUAAACAAACAUUAAUUCUAUGCAUUGUAACAUAUUAGUAUUACAUUUUAUUUUGAUUAUCAGUAUAGCUCUAUAAUUACAGGCUUGGUUUUGUAUCGAACACUAAAGCUUCACUCUAACUCAGUAUUUUUUGGCACUUUUUUGGUGUGGGAUCGAAAUCUCACUCCCUUGUCCUGUGGCUAGGAUUAGGUGUAUGGUGGUUUGCAGAUAUAUAGGGACCAAUUAGGUUGCAACGUCCCCAGUGUAUAAACCAAUCAGAAGCAAUAUAGUCAAUGUCAGUAUAUACAACCCUUUGUCAUAGUAGCGUGUAAAUCACCCGUGAGCGACACAUUGAACGUUUUGAUUAAGGACUAGUCCCAGACUAAAAUUAAUGUUCGAGGCGUCUUAACUGAAACAAAAAAAUUGCACUGUCAUAUCUUUAAAUAUGUCAAUGCCACUGUUUUGUCUCAAUAUGCACACCAUGGCCAUCGUUGAAAAAGGUGCUUUAUUGUGAUAAACAUUUGGAAUGAUUGGCAAUCAUUUUCAUCACAUAUUUUAAAAAGAUAAAUGAUAAUAAACUUAUCCUUUAAAUUUUA